GCAGUGGCAAAUUCAAUCAGAUCAACUGCGGGCAUCCUCCAACAAACACAAGCUGCGACGCACUUUCACACUGGGACCGUAUCUGGGCUGCUCCUUUGCUUGUUCUUUUGUUUCAUUUUUUUUGUUUGUUUUUUUGCUAUUUAUUUCUGGGUGGAGACAACUCUGGAGUGCGCCUGUAAUCAUGAAGGAAAGGAGAAAUACGCAGCCGCUGGUGGUGAGAUGUAAACUGGUUCUUGUGGGAGAUGUUCAAUGCGGAAAAACGGCAAUGUUACAAGUGCUGGCCAAGGACUGCUAUCCAGAGACAUAUGUGCCAACGGUGUUUGAAAACUACACAGCCUGUCUUGAGCUGGAGGAGCAGCGUGUGGAGCUGAGUCUGUGGGACACAUCAGGUUCUCCAUACUAUGACAAUGUAAGACCCCUAUGCUACAGUGACUCUGACGCAGUCCUGUUGUGUUUUGACAUCAGCCGUCCAGACACAAUGGACAGCAGUCUCAAAAAGUGGAAAAGUGAAAUUCUGGACUUCUGUCCAAGCACGCGAAUUCUGUUGAUUGGCUGUAAGAUCGACCUUCGUACGGAUGUGUGCACCCUCAUGGAGCUGUCCAAUAUGAAACAGACACCAGUUACCUAUGAGCAGGGCUCUGCUAUGGCCAAGCAACUUGGUGCUGAAGCCUAUUUGGAGUGCUCGGCCUUCACCUCGGAGAAAAGUAUUCACAGCGUAUUUCGUACUGCAGCAAUGGCCUGCAUCAACAAACUACAGCCCCUCCCAAAGUCCAGCCCUCCCCGUCGGCUCUCCAAAAGACUCCUUCACCUGCCCAGCAAGUCGGACCUUCUCUCCUCCACCUUCAAGAAGGAAAAGACCAAGAGCUGCUCGGUGAUGUGAAGGAGGAGAGAACAGGGCUCAGCUCCUUGUACGCGACUCCCAGCCCCAGCCUAUUUGGUCUCGGGGAAGGGGGGGUGGGCAUGAUGGUUUUAUCAGGGCUCUCCUGCUGAAUCCUUCCCUCACCCCCCCGAAUACCAAACAAACCCUCAGAAGAGACGGACACUUAGCUGUCCACUCUCUCCUGAACCUUUGAGUUCAUAACCCAUGUUUCUUUUUAUUACACUUUUCAAAUAAAACAGUAUCAGUAAGGUAAUUUUGUUCAACAAACUAGAACAGUGUUUCAUCUGUCUGACAAUCCACAGGCACAUCUUAAUUUUAUCCUAAUUUUAUGGAAGUCUGCAAUGUUUAACCUUGCGACAUCAAUGCCUCUCAACAAUCUCAAUAUAUAUUUUUCUAACAAACCUACAUAAAUCUAGCAUGCAUCUGUUGGGAAUUAGCAAAAAAGCAACUGUCCCUCUCUAAAAGUGGUGUGAAAUGUCGCCUGUUUUACCCUAUCCAGAUGACAGAACAGAGGGAGAAUAGAAGCAAAACUUACCGAGAGCCAACACUCAGAGAGGAGUUCUAACCAUCUCAGUGGUGAUGUGAGCUGGAGAAGGUAGUGCUGCUGCACCUUUCAUCCACCUGCAUGGGCUGAAGAUCGGUGGCUGUGUAGCUGUUCAUGGCGCUGCUCCACAAACUUUCAGUGGAGCAUGUAGCACAGGCUGGUAGGGGUCUCUAUUUGCAAAAACAACUGCAGAAACCGGUUCAGAAAAUAGGAGUGAAAGUUUGGAAAGGUUUCAUUCACUACAGGAGUCACUAUUACUGCUAAUGUAUCAGAAAUAGGAAGGUAAAUCGGCUUUUUGUUGCCAUCAGAAGCAUAAACACACAAGGUUCCAGCUGUGAGCUGUGGGGUGUUCUCUACGAAGAAGUGCUUGAGUACUUAAAGGGAUGAAAAAGGCUGUUUUAAAAAAAUGUAAGAUCAUUGCUGCUUGGCUCCUAUUGAAAAUUUACUGUGUUUUAUCGGAUAUACUUCAAAAAAGAUUUGUAGCAUUACAAUGUUGGCACUUUUUUCAGUUGUAUGCAGUUUGAAAAAUAAUGCCUUUAAUUUCAUGUACCCAGAAGGUCAGUAAAAUUUACCAAUACUGUAAAAUGCCUGUGGAUAUGCAUUGAUCUAAUGUAGCACUCAAAACUCUAUUCUUCCAAGACAACUAUAGUUUAUGUGUCGGCACAAUAGAGUCUCUCGACCUUCAAUAAGCAUUUCUUACUGUAGGUGAGAACGGCAGUGGAGCAAAAAUCGGGCGCUUUUUGUCGACACCUUAAAUCUUUGGCUUCAUGGUUAUGUGUCUGCAGCUGUGAGUUCUGCGCUUCUGACCGUAAAGCAAUAAUGAUUGAAGUGCUUGUGUUACAAAGUGUGGCAAUAAUGCAGCUUUGUGAUUACUGUUGUGCUCUAAGUAAUCGGUGGACAGAUACAGUAUGUCAUUGAUUAAAACCAUCUCUGCUGUACAAACGGACUGCUGAUCGCUGUCUGCCCUUUCUUCUGUGUAGUCACUGUUUUUUUGAAUAACCAGUGACGAAGAAACCAGAGUAGAGAAAAAGGGCAACGUGCCUCUUUUAGCUAAAAUGUGUGUCAUUUUGCUGAUGUAAGGUUUGCAACACCAUGCAAAAGUAUUCAUACUGCCUAUACCCUUUUUUGCAAAAGAUACCUUGAACUAAACCAAUCUAUUUAACCUCUGGUUAUUUAGUAAAGGUUAGUGGCCUGCUGGAAUGUGAACCUGUUCCUCUAAAGGCAUGACUCUCCCAUUUCUAUGUUUGUGAUAAUAUAGGCUAAAAAAAAAAUCCUACCAUUAAAUCAUAGCAUGUUCCUCCACAUGUUGGCUCGAUCGACUGGAUAUGCGAAGGGAAAAAAUAAAAAAUAAAUUUAUAUUUUGAACAAAACAUAUUGAAUAAAUCUCUAUAACCUGAAAUUAUUUUUUAAUUUUAAUAAACUGGAACACAGUGUUGCACAGAAGCAUUUUAGAUGUGCAGAGCCACAACCCACUCUUAAAGCCACACAUUCGAACAUUGAUGCUGGCAAAGAAAAAAAAAUGAAAAUGCAUUAGAUGAAAAGCCAAAAGCAUUGUUUAUCCCUUUUAGGAGUCUUGAGUGGUGGCUACGCAUUUUAGCAGCACACUAAAUCUGAAGAAGCAUUUUUAUGUUUAAAGUAAUUUUACAAAGGGAAGCAGCGGCAUAUUAAAUAUGGCACAAAGCUUAAGCUAAUGUAAAAUAAUAACCUUAUGUCUUCGAAUUUUUUUUUUCUUCAAAAUGUUAAGAAUAUACUACAUUUUUUCAGGAUGUUGCUAUCCAGCUUCAAUCUAAAGUAUUUUGACAACCAUAGUGUCCCCAGUUUUGCAAAUCAUCCAAUGGUUUUUUUUCCAAGAACCACAUUUACUCUAAUAUAUAUCUCCAGUAACAAGAAUUUAAGUGUAGGAUUAAUAGCUGGUUCUGCUUCAUGGUUACCAAAAGUAACCUUUUGUUAUUAAUAUUCUCCUUGUCUGGCUUGUUAGUCAAGACAGAUAACUGUUUCUUGAUUCCUAUUCCGCUUUGAUUACCGAUUAUAAAUUGAAAACUUUUAUCUAGGAGUUUCAAAGCUUGAGGUUUUAUUUAAUGAAGUAAAAUAAAACUUCUCUAGUUCUUUCUUCCUUAGCUGUCUGCUGUGUUCCUCAGUCGUGAAGAAGCUGUCUGUUCACUAAUGUUCACAAAAAAAUCUCAGAUGCCUUCAUAAAACAGCUGCAUUUAUACUGAGAUUAAACUAGUCAAUAGGAAACUUUUU